AUGGAUGGUGACUACAUUAUUGGGGGUGUUUUCUCCUUACACAACUAUAUUCAAAAAGUGAAGCAUAACUACACCAGCAUGCCUGAGCCACUAAGGUGCACAGGAAGCAUUGACUCCCGUGAACUGCGCUUCUCACGCGCAAUGGUCUUUGCCAUCCAGGAGAUCAACAACAGCACGGAGCUGCUGCCAGGCAUUAGACUCGGUUACCAGAUCCACGACUCGUGCUCCUCAGUCCCCGUGGCUGUGCACGUGGCGUUCCAGCUUUCAAAUGGACAGGAUCCGGUGUUUAACACCGGCAACAAGUGCUCACAGUCAGGUGUGGUGAUGGCUAUAGUUGGUGAGUCUGGGUCCACGCCAUCAAUCAGCAUAUCACGCAUCAUUGGGCCGUUUAACAUUCCUCAAGUGAGCCACUUUGCCACCUGUGCAUGUUUGUCCAAUAAGCAACAGUACCCGAGUUUUUUCAGAACAAUCCCCAGUGACCAGUUCCAGGCUGAUGCUCUGGCCAAACUGGUAAAACACUUUGGCUGGACUUGGAUAGGUGCUGUCCGGUCUGAUUCGGACUAUGGAAAUAAUGGCAUGGCGUCUUUCCUGCACGCAGCAUACAAAGAGGGGAUCUGUGUGGAAUACUCCGAAUAUUUCUACCGGACCCACCCACACAGCAGUAUCCAGCGAGUGGCUGAUGUUAUCCGCAGGUCAACAGCUAUGGUUGUUGUGGCAUUUGUUGCUUCUGGAGACAUGAGGAUCCUGCUGGAGGAGCUGUCUCGCCAGCCCUCUCCACCUCGCCAGUGGAUAGGCAGUGAGUCCUGGGUAACAGACUCAGACAUGCUGAGUUUCAGCUUCUGUGCUGGGGCAAUUGGAUUUGGCAUUCAGAAAUCUGUCAUCCCUGGUCUGAGAGACUUUCUGCUUGAUCUCUCCCCCACUGAAGUGGUUGCCUCUCCACUACUUACUGAGUUUUGGGAGGAUGCUUUCAAAUGUCGGCUGGGGAAAAGUGUUAGCACAGAUGAGAGUGUGUGUGAUGGAAGUGAAGACAUACAGGAGCUCCGGAUUGCAUACACUGACACAUCUCAGCUGCGAAUCACUAACAUGGUGUAUAAGGCUGUUUAUGCAAUAGCACAUGCCAUUCACAAUGCUGUGUGUCAGGAAACAAAUUCCACAAGUCACUGUGACAAAUUCACCAGGAUAGAGUCCACACAGGUUCUUACUCAGCUGAAGAAAGUAAAUUUUUCUCAAAAUGGUUAUCAUGUGUCAUUUGAUGCGAAUGGUGACCCUGUGGCUAUGUAUGAGCUGGUUAACUGGCAGAAAAGUAAGAGUGGCAGCAUUGAGCUGGUGACAGUUGGGCAUUUUGAUGCAUCACUUCCAGUGGGCCAGGAGUUUAAUAUCAACAGGAACCUCACCUGGUUGGGGGAUAGCACACAAGUGCCUGUGUCAGUGUGCAGUGACAGCUGUCGUCCAGGAACUCGUAAAGUGCUGCAGAAAGGAAAACCGAUCUGUUGCUAUGAUUGUAUACCUUGUCCUGAAGGAGAGAUUAGCAAUGCUACAGACUCCCCUGGUUGUUUCCGUUGCCCUAAGGAGUUCUGGCCUAAUGCAGAAAGAGACACUUGUUUCCCCAAGCCUGUAGAGUUUCUUUCCUUUGAUGAGGUCCUGGGAAUCAUCCUGGCUGCAUUCUCAGUUGGCGGUGCCUCUCUGGCCAUCAUGACAGCAGCUGUGUUCUUUCAUAACAGGGCAUCUCCAAUUGUCAGGGCCAACAACUCUGAGCUGAGCUUCCUGCUGCUCUUUUCCCUGACUCUGUGUUUCUUAUGUGCAUUAACAUUUAUUGGGGCACCCUCUGAGUGGUCCUGCAUGCUGCGCCACACAGCGUUUGGGAUCACUUUUGUCCUCUGCAUCUCCUGCAUUCUGGGAAAAACUAUAGUGGUUUUAAUGGCCUUCAGAGCUACACUCCCAGGUAGUAAUGUCAUGAAAUGGUUUGGUCCCCCACAGCAAAGAAUGACCGUAGUGUCUUUCACAUUUAUUCAAGUUUUAAUAUGUACUAUUUGGUUGGUUCUUAGCCCCCCAUUUCCAAUGAAAAACUUAACCACAUACAAGGAGAGAAUCAUCCUGGAGUGUGCAUUAGGAUCAGCUAUUGGGUUCUGGGCUGUGCUUGGGUACAUAGGCCUACUAGCUGCCUUUUGCUUUGUGUUAGCUGUCCUAGCACGGAAACUACCUGACAAUUUUAAUGAAGCCAAGCUUAUCACCUUCAGCAUGCUGAUAUUCUGUGCAGUCUGGCUCACCUUUAUACCAGCUUAUGUCAGCUCUCCUGGAAAGUUCACUGUGGCUGUUGAGAUAUUUGCCAUUCUGGCCUCCAGCUUUGGACUUACACUGUGUAUAUUUGCUCCAAAGUGUUUUAUUAUAUUGUUUCAGCCAGAAAAGAACACCAAGAAACAUUUAAUGAACAAAAAUCAAUCCUAG